CCCGAAGCGAAAGUGGCUGUACUCGAGGUCGUAAGUGGCGGUGAUGUGUGGCUGAUGGUGAAGGAGGGCUGAUCCUCAGCCACCCCCUUCUUCAUCGCCAGCCUAUAUAGCCCGUGCCAGAAGGCGUCCACAAACAGUCUCGUCCUCUCCGGCGGGCCAAAAUGAUGCAAGACGAGGUUUUUGCGUCUUUCGUUUUUUUCGCCACGCUUUUGAUCCUGAAGAUGUACGCCGUGGCUAUCCUGACGGGGCAGGUCAGACUUCGGAGAAAGGCCUUUGCCAAUCCUGAGGAUGCGCUGAAACAUGGUGGCUUGGAGUUCCACAGAGAAGAUCCCUAUGUGCAGAGGUGUCUUAGACUUCAUCGCAACGACAUGGAAAAUAUCUUCCCGUUCCUCUUCAUCGGGGCUAUCUAUUGCUUCCUGCAUCCCAAUCCGGUGGUGGCUCGGAUCCACUUUCUGAUUUUCUUCCUCGGCCGGAUGGUUCACACCGCAGCGUACCUCCUCAAGCUGAAACCACCCAUCCGGUCCCUGUCCUACAGCGUGGCUCAGAUUCCGUGUUUCUCCAUGGCUUUGCAGAUCCUCAUUUCAGUGAUCAGACGCUAGUGAGCGUCCGUCGGUGGCCUUCGUCCCUCAGUGGCUCUUGCAUGACAUUGAAGGGAGGACGUUGAAGGGAUAGCAAGAGUUCAAACAGAAGUAAUAAAUGUUUCACCUUAUGGCUGAGUUAUUAUUAACUAGUUCUGGCUUUUCUCUCUUGAGAGAAAAAGACUAGAAUGGAUGGAUUUCUUUAUCUCCUGGUCUCUGCUUGUAAGGCGUGGAUGAUAAUUUUGUAAUGUCCAGGUUUGCUUCGGAAAAAUGUAAGAUGCGGGCAAGCCUGAACCAUCACAACUUGGGUGGGUGUGAGUGAAAAGAGUUUUUCCUGCAUCAGUUGAAGGAUGAAAUACUUUCUCAUCUAGAUCUAACCUCCGCUGAAACCUCUCGAGGUGCCCAUUCCAGCUACGAGAUGUUCAGAGUCCAGCGUGGGUUGAGUUACGGACACGUCUCUUCAUAUUCACACCGUUUGUAAGGGAAGAAAUAAAAACAAAAUUAAAAGAUA